AUGGCGCUGGGAGGGCCCAUGUUUUCCGAGUUCCUCCUCAUGUCCAUGUAUGCAUCCGCGUCGAGGCUGGUUUAUGGUAUGGGAGUGGAUGAGCAGAGAACACAGGGCGACCUCUUCACUCGGUUGGCCAAGGAAUACCUGGCGAAGGAGUUGGAUGGCCCGACCAAGAUUACCACCAUUCAAGGCUUGCUGCUUCUCUCGGCAAGGGAGUGUGUGCUGGGUGAGAUCAGCCAAGGUUGGAACCAUGCAGGCCUGGCAUUCCGGAUGAUUCAGGAUCUUGGCGUCCAUCUUGCACCAAGCGAAGUUGCCGGCUCAUCAAGCCUGUCACUGGAAGAGCAGGCUACGAGAGACAGACUGUUCUGGGCAGCCUUUAUCUGGGAUAAAUCCAUGUCCCUGGCCCUCGGUCGGGAGCCAACCUUGGCAGCUCGGAAGAACCGAGAUCCCUCAAGCAUGGCUGAUUUUGACGACGACAACGAACCCUGGACACCGUAUUCGGCCGAUCCUGCGAGCUGCUCGCCUGCCUUCCUCAGCUAUGUCUACCAGCCAAAACAGCGCGUGGCAGCUUUCCGAUUCUACGCGCAUGUCUGUUUGGUAGGUUGUCUCCUGGUCUUGAGGGAGACGCAUCUGUUAACUGGACUACGGCACCUUGCCGACAGAUUCUUCAUGGCGUCAUCAUGGAACUCUACAGCACAGAGAGCCGGCUCCUUGAGCGCCAACGUAGAGCCUCCAUCGCUAAGCUGCGUCAACGGCUCGAUGCCCUGUGGAAGUCUGUCCCCGACAGCAUGA